AUGGCUGAAGCUCUACAACAUCAACCUCACGUUGAUGAGAAUGCUGGAUCUCGUAGUUUGGCGACUUUUCAGAGGGAGAAUCCUCCUACUUUCAAGGGUGAAGAGAUCACUUGGACUGUUUUCCGAAGAGAACUUUUGGGAAAGUACUACUCUGAGGAUGUCCCUGGGAAGGAGAUUGAAUUUCUCAAGCUGAAGCAUGGAAACUUGUCAGUUACGGAGUAUGCUGCGAAGUUUGUGGAACUGGCUAAGUUUUAUCCUCACUAUAGCAAGGCAACUUUUGAGUUUUUAAAGUGCAUCAAAUUUGAAAGCAAUUUGCACCCUGAGAUCAAGAAGGCUAUCGGAUACCAGAAGAUUCGUAACUUUCCAAACUUGGUAGAUAGUUGCAGAAUCUAUCAAGAAGAUAAUAAUGCUCGUUAUAAUAUUUUUAGUGAGAAGAGGGGUAAGCACCAACAUAAUCAUGGUAAGCCUUAUGAUGCUCCAGCUGCUAAAGGUAAACAGGAAGUCGUUGAGGGUCAGACAACUAGUGGACGAGACGCUCCUGCGGUGUUCUGUGUUUCAAAGUGGGAAACCUGGUCACAAGAUGGCGAAGAGGGUUAUAUUAGUAGUCAGUGUCAGAAAUCGAAAAAGGCACAAGCUGGUGGGGAAGUGUUCGCUUUGGCAAGGACCCAGACAACUACGAAGGACGGACUAAUCAGAGGUGCGUGUUUCAUUAAUAGUACUUCUUUAAUUACUAUUAUUGAUAUUGGUGAUACUCAUUGUUUUAUUAUUGCCGAUUGUGCGGAAAAGUUCGAUCUUUUGUUGUCUUCUAUGAAUGGAGAAAUGGUCGUCGAUACUCCAGCUAAGGGAUCUGUGACUACUUCUCUAGUGUUUUUGAAGUGUCCCAUUUUGAUUUUCAACAGAGACUUUGCUGUUGAUUUAGUUUGUUUGCUGCUACAUGGGUUGGAUGUGAUCUUGAGUAUGAACUGGUUGGAAUAUAACUAUGUUCAUAUUAAUUGCUAUAAUAAGUCUAUGCAGUUUUCUACUCCGGAUGAGGAGGAGGAAACUGGUUUGUUGUCUGCUAAACAAUUGCAGAAAUUGAUGCAAGAAGAGGCUCGUGUAUUUUUCGUUGUUGGCAUCGUUAUCUGUUGA